AUGCCUCACACCACACUUCUAGCGGCAUCGCUACAGUACGGGGUGGUCGCGCGAUCUUAUCCGCUAUCCGGCAAGGUCCUGCGCGGAUUCCUGGAUGCGUCUGGGACGCUCAACGGAUUGGGUAUAGGCAACCCUAACGCUGAGUUCUCUCCGCACGUCUCUUCUAUUGCGCUUGCUUCCGAAGGCGGGACGGCAAAGGUCCUGUGGGGAUUCCGGAAUGGCGAAGUUGCGGUCACGACCGCGCUACGCGCCAUGGAUCACAACAGGACGUCAGGCGCCAGGUUGGUCAGGUGCCGUCUUGGGGACUGUCAUGAAGGCGCCGUCGAGAUUGUCGCAUUCGCUUCCGGCGAUGAAGGAUACGUCUUCGUCGUCAGUGGCGGGGCUGACGGGCGGGUAAAGCUAUGGGGGGUCAAGGCCAAUCAGCUCGAGUGCUUGUGGACUUCGAACAAGGGAUCGUCCCUUGUCCCGGACCCAUGCGUCAAACUCGCCAUGGACCUACAACAAGGUGUCAUUGUGUCUGGUUUACGGAGUGGCAGCAUCCUUGUAUGGAUAGGUUUCAACCUCCAGUCUGCAGACGCUUCGGAUGUUCCUGCACUAGAACCUCGGGAGCUGCGCAUCCCCGUGCCAACUGUCUCUCCUGGCGCAGUUCCUCUAGACUCGCCCACCUCACCGCUCGAGAAUCUCCCUCAAGAAAUCUCGGAGCUCCGCAUCGCACCUCCGAACGACAGUUUGUCACUUCUCGUCGCUUCUCAUCCCAGUACAUUCUUCCACCGCCUCUCCUGGAACGCCAGCACAGGCAUCUUUGACCGGACGCUCUUCGGAGAUGAGCACAUGAGCGCAGUUCGAGUUGUUCUGCCGGUGUGGGCCUCGCGGAGGGAUGAACGCCAUUUCGUCAUCGCAGGUGAUCAACUCGGCAACAUCGCGGUCUUCCCUUGGGACGCCCAGCCUUCCUCUUCGGUCGGUGACCACCCUGUGCACGCCGUCCGUCGGUUUGCUGCCCACGAGGACGGGGCAGUGACCGCGCUCGCACGGAACUCCGCCGUACUAGUGUCCGGGUCCUCCCGGGGAACCAUCAAAGCGUGGGAUGCGCUAACCUUCGCGCCUCUGCGUUCGUUCCCAUCUCCUGCCGCCAGGCCCUUCGCGGGCGGAGAAUGGGAUCCUGUCUCGCAGAUUCUCCUGGAACGCGAUGCGAUGAUAGUAUCGGUUGGCAGCCGAGUGCUAGCGUGGAAGGCCGGUCCGGUUGGUAAAUCCACCGGGCACGGCAAAGGAAAGCUGAGCACUGCUAGUACGAGGCAUAAGAACGGCGUAGCCAAAUGGCAGCAGCAAAUUGAGAUGUAUCGCGACAUCUCCGAAUCCCGACGCGAGCUCGAGGAAGAGCAGACGCAUUCUAGGCGAGUCUUCGGACGCGAGAAGGAGCAGCUUUCCACGCUCGCCCAUCUUGGGUUAAGCGAAGUUGAGGCUGUCGAGUAUGUCUUGAUGCUGAGCCGGGACGAGGAAGAUGCCCGCCGGCGGCGGCGGCGGCGGCGGGACGUCGCCCAUUCACCUUUCCCGGAGGACGAGGGUGUGUUCAUGGCGGACUUUGACGACGUGCCGACUCCCAUGGCAACCAGGAGCAGCAUGUUCGGCUCGGAGGCGUCGUCUGCCAUGUCGUUCAGAGCGUCAUCGUUUUCUGCUCAUUCAUCUCCGACAUCGGGUAGCUGGGCCGACGGCACACAUUCAGGGCGCUCCUUGCCGCUCGUCGUACCUCCAUCUUCGCACCACAAGGUCCAGGUGUCGCCCCGCCUCCACCCCGAGCCUAUGGAAGCGGGUCCCAGCACGAGUCCCAUGCCGACGAGGAGCGUCAGCGGCAGCGGCAGCGGGCCCCUUCUACCCUCUGACCUAGAAAACUUCCCUGCGGUUAGCCGCACUCCUUCGUCGGCGUCGGCGUCGGCGUCAGGGUCCAGUGCUAGUUUCAGGGGAUCAUUUCCGAGUAGCCCUCAGUCGGUUAGGAGCGCCUGGAGCACACCACUGCCAUCCCUUCAUUCGUCCCAGGCGCCUUCACCGUCCCCAGUCAUGGGUAGCCAGUCACCGGCGCAGAGCCCGAUACGCUCACUGUCUGAAGUGAUCACGUCGACUCGGGUUCAGGGUCCCGCAUCCUACACUCAGGAAGAUAACGACCUUCGCUUCGCUAUAGAGUUGAGCUUGGCCGAGGCGAGAAGUCGCGGAGAGGAUGUCUGA